GGCGGUUCACUCACAUCAGCAUCCACUGCUGAUGUCACACACAAGUCAUGUCGACCCUUUCUCAGCACAAUCAGUACCACCACCUCCACUGCUUUUGUCACGAUACAUAACUGAUGAUGGAGGUAUUUGGCUCAGCAGAGCUUGGGCUAUUGGGAGGUGGCGAAGGGCUGCGAGAUGACAUAGACAUGUCGGCGAUCAGCUGGUCAGUUGAUCAUCUCCAAGAUGAUAUGUACCCAGCGCCAGGAUUGGCUGUAGCUGCAGCUUAUCAUGACAUUAAGACCCGUCUUGCCAGUUUGGAGAGGGAGAACAGCAGCAUCAAAAGAAAACUCAAACACUACGAGGUCAAGUUUCCGAUCAGUACAUUUGGAGAGGAGAGAGUAUACUUUUCUUGUCAGCCAAUUAUUAAAGACAACAUCAUCCAAUCAGAGACAUCCAACCUGCAACACAGGAUCAACUCUCUCACCCAAGAGCUCCAGAAGAGCAAGGACAGAGAGGAGCAGUUAGAGGACAUAAUUCAAGACUAUAACAAGAUUCACUUAGAGAAAAGCAAUGUCCAAAGAGAUCUUGACAAGAUGACCACUGUAGCAGAGCAAAAUAUGGAGCGAAUCUGCAGUCUGGAGUCAGCUCUCAGACAAAAAGAAACUUCCUUUCAAAAACUCAACACUCAACGCUGUAACAAAGAUGCACAUCAAGGUCAAGCACAUGCCAGCCUGGUUGUGCCCAGAGAGGGCCGCUUGCCAACGCUGCAGAGCUCCCGCAGUCUGGAUGCUCUCUCAGACAUAAAGCUGCAGCGUCUAGAAGCAGAGUUGGAGGGAGCACUGCAGCAGGCGGAGGGAGCAUGUCAGAGAGAGAAGGCGCUGAGAGCUGAGCUUCAGAGACUGCAGAAGGAAGUAGCCCAGCUCCAAGAGGUGCAGAGACGCAAAGAGGAGUUGGCCCCACACUGUGAGCACUGUGAUGUAGAAUGGAUCAAGAAAGCUGGUGAUGAACAUAUCUUGUUCUGUUUCAGAGUUAACCUUGCAUUGGCCUACACUGAGCUCACAGAAGAGUUGGGUCAAAUCCGAAAAUUGGCUGUGAAACAAAGCAACCUUCUGCGUCAAAUCCCACAGGAGCCCAUUUGUCAUCCUCCCUCUGCUCCUCAGUGUCUCUCCCCCACCCCACCCCAGUGUUCUUCCAUAAUCCCUGAGAGGCUGCUGCCCUCUCCCCCACUUCCCCUGCAGAAUGGCCCUGCCUCUUACUCUCAUCAGCAAACCAGCAGCAACCUUCGAGCAAAGUUCCAGGGUCGCCGUAGUUACUCUGAGGUUUCUGACCCAUCAGCUAUCCAGAUACAACCACCUCGCCUCAUGAGAGAUCCAGUAUCCACCCUGCCCAAGCCCAGGUCCUUUUAUGGGGAGACGCACACCUACGGGCAAUCCAAAUCCCAUCUCCGGACCCCUUUGGUGGGACUGGUCAGACCCGCAUCGGCUCAUGGAGCUGGUGGGGAACGAAGAGUGAGAUCAGAGAGAAAUGGGGGCAGCAGUCUGAGCAGUAGUCCUCGUCAUCGUGUGGUAGAUCUGGGCUUCCCUUUGACUACUGAGGUACAUCAUUUCUGUCACCUGGAUGAUCGACCAGAGCCCUCUCCGCUGGUGACACCCCCACACUCAGACGAUGAAGAGGAUGUAGGGACUUAUCUCUCAGCAGCCACCAGUCCUCCUCGAACACUUGGAUCCUUAUCACUUAGGGAAAAGACACUCCACCCCUUGUUCUUGUCUCAGAGUAAACCUGGCCAAAUUCCCUCUUUCUCAGCCCCUGAGGGUCCCACCACACUCUCCUGCCAUCUGCCUGCCUACAUGAGCACUGAACAUGCUCAGUCAUGGCCCUCCAUCAAUUUAUGGAUGGAGUCAGACGAGAGUGCUGUUCGAAGCUGUCCUCUAUGUCAGCUGACCUUCCCAACUGGUUACCCGGAUGAUGCCCUCAUUAGACAUAUCGACUCGCACUUGGAGAACAGCAAGAUCUGACUCUCCUAAUGAACACCAUUUCCAAUUAGACCUUUUUUUGUUUGGCAAGUUUACAGACUUACAGCAAUAGUGCAUAGUCUUUGAGUUUACAUACUUUGAACAGGUAUUUUUAUCCAGACUCUAAAAUCAAACCAGCAACCUUUUUACAGCAAAUUCUACACAGGCUUCUUCAUAGGUUUUAUUUUCUGAUUGAAAAUCUCUCCUUUUGAUUUCUUUAGUUUUGUUCACCAAGGUCACACAUACAUUUUAUACUGUAUGCCACCAAAAACAACUUCACUCUCUUGCCUUUAUGGGUGAACAGCGAAGCUCCACUAGUGUUUUUCCAAGUGGAGUAUGAAGAUAGUAGCUUUUUGUCUUUAUAAACAGAAUUUUUAUUGGGGGGGGGGGGGGUGAGAAACUGGUUCGGGCAAUAUUAACCAGUACACGGGGCCAUCCAAAUGGCACCAAAGCAAAUUAGCUAUAAAUACAAAUACAUAUGUGGAAUGAGUCUGCCAAUAUCUGUUUGAAAGGAAGAAGAAAAAAUAAAUAAAAAUUCCACUUUCUGGUGUUAAUGGAAGUGCCUUGGUUAAAACUAAAUUUACCUAUUUUGGCAGAAGUAGAGGUCAUUUCACAGUGGUAUUUGUGGCCAUAUCCUAUUACUAAACAUAUACUAUUAUUCUUAAUGCAAUACCUGUAUAGUUAGAUUUAAUUUUGAACAUGACCAACUUGUCUUUGUGCUGCGUUUAGUUAAAUGUUCACAAUAAUACAAAUCAUUGGCUUCAAGUCUUUAGGUUAGUAUUUAGCAAAUUGUAAAGAAAUGCGGUCGAUACGGUUAGAAUAGAGAAACCUGAGUGACUUCAUUUUCAAAUUGACUGAUGCCAUCACAAUUAUAUAAACAUUACAGUGUGCAAUUAUGUACUUUGUCACAACAAUGAAUAAAUGUGUGCUAAAACUCAACAAAUCAUCUUUGUUUCAUUAGCAUUGCAUUUUAUGAAGCUACCCUUUAUAAAAUACUAAAGAAUUCCCAAAACAUUAUGGGAAGUAGGGCCGGCAGAUCCUGCUGCCUCCCAGAAUUCUUUGCAAUGAUGCUUUUAACUACAGUACUAUAGUUAUAGAAAAUCAAGCUACACAUUCUUUACUUGCAUUUGUUCCUUUGUGAAUUUAUUUCAUAAAACACUGACUGUAGCUUGUGUUAAAUAUUUGCAUUCGGUCAUGUUCUUUGUAUACUUGAGCAAUUCGCUGAUUUACAGUGUCCCUCUCCUCCUGUAACAAGUUCAAGCUGCUGAUAACUGUGCCCUUAAAUUAAGCAAUACUCGUGCAAGGUCUCUUUGAACACCUUGGCUUCACUUGCAGAAUUCAAAAUCUGAAAGAGUGGCACAUUAGCUUACAGUAAGGAACUUAAAUAUAGUUGGAAACAUUUGGGUCAAAAAAAAAAAAACUAUUGCUGGAUAAAACCACCAAAUUAAAAGAUGUGGAAAAAAUGUAAUUGCUUGUACAGUAAUAUCCAGCCAUAAAGUAUGAAUUUCGCAGUCCCCGCUACUUGUAGCUUUUUAAUUGAAACAUUUUUAUUUACAAAUUCACUUGCUAUAAUGUGACAUCUGAAGCCUACCACUUAUUUUUAAUUGAGUUUUAAUUCUUAAAAAGCGCUGCAAGUAUUCUGCUUUGCAAUACAGGGAUAGAAAUCUCUCCUAUGAUCCUGGAAAUGCACAGCAUCAGUCACCACCGGCGUAGGUAACAGAAUGCAGCAGUAACCCAAAGCCUGUAUGCGGGAAUCAUUGCAAAUGUUUUAGGAUUGUUUUGUUGUUGCUAAAUAAAAUUGUUUGGGAGUUCUGCUCACAAA